UGUUUCUUCCCACUUGACAUAAGAUAUCAGAUCAAUCACUGCCUUUUAAGAUUUUAUAAGGAAACAAUUUUCUCAUGUUCAUCUUUUCUUCUUCUUCUGCUUCGCAUCAUCAAGGACAUAAAAGCACCUUCUUUUUCUGCUGCUACUAACUCUCAUUCUUCUCUAAAGGCACAAGCUUUCGAAAAAACGAAAUGCUUUUCCAAAUCUUUCUUGCUUUUCUCGUCUUCCCCGGCUUCGUUUUCUCGCUCAACCAAGAAGUUCUUUACCUGCACAGAGCGAAGCUCGGGUUCGACGACCCGGACGGCGUGCUUUCCGGCUGGAAUGACCGGGAUGACUCGCCGUGUCACUGGUUUGGUGUUGGGUGUGAAUUGGGGGAUGGGUCUGUGACAAGAUUGGAGCUUUCUAAUGCUAACAUUGCUGGGUCUUUUCCGGUGGUUCUUUGCCGGCUUAAGAAUUUGAGGUUUAUUUCUUUGUAUAAUAACUCGAUAGGUUCGACUCUUCCUGAUGGGUUGUCGGGUUGUGAGGCCUUGGAGCACCUCGAUUUGGGUCAGAAUUACUUGACUGGGUCGCUUCCGGCGAGCUUGGCUGAGCUGCCCAACUUGAAAUAUCUUGACCUGACGGGGAAUAAUUUUUCCGGCGACAUUCCGGCGAGUUUCGGGUCGUUCCAGAAACUUGAGGUGUUGGGGCUGGUUCAGAAUUUGUUUCAAGGUACUAUUCCCGGUUUUCUCGGGAACAUUUCGAGUCUGAAACAACUAAAUCUGUCGUACAACCCGUUUUCGCCGGGUCGGAUCCCGCCGGAGCUCGGAAACCUCACGAAUCUCGAGUACUUAUGGCUCACAGACUGCAACUUAAUCGGGGAGAUUCCUGACUCGCUGAGUCGACUCACCAAGCUCCUCGAUUUCGACGUGGCUUCGAACAAGUUGACCGGCCCUGUUCCGAUUUGGCUCACUGAGUUAACCAGCGCCCAGCAAAUUGAACUCUACAAUAACUCGUUUACCGGAGAACUUCCGGCGACCGGGUGGUCCAAGAUGACGGCGCUGAGACGAAUCGACGUGUCCAUGAACCAGUUGGCCGGGACCAUUCCUAAUGAGCUAUGCGAGUUGCCGCUCGAGUCACUCAAUCUCUAUGAGAAUCAGUUAGAAGGCGAGUUACCGGAGAGCAUAGCAAAUUCACCAAAUCUAUAUGAGUUACGCCUCUUUCGCAAUCAUCUCAAAGGAAAUUUACCGAAAAAUCUCGGCAAGAACUCGUCUUUACUCUGGAUUGAUGUUUCGGAGAAUGAUUUCUCCGGUGAAAUCCCGGAAAAUUUGUGUGGGUUGGGUUCUCUGGAGGAGGCGAUGAUGAUAUAUAAUUCCCUCUCCGGCGAAAUUCCGGCGAGUUUGGGCCAAUGCCGGAGCUUACGACGUGUAAGACUGUCGCACAAUAAAUUCUCCGGCAACGUUCCGACCGGGCUCUGGGGAUUGCCCCAUGUCUCCUUGCUUGACCUGGCCGGCAACUCAUUUUCCGGUGAAAUUGCAAAAACCAUAGCCGGUGCCGCAAAUUUGUCGGCUUUGUUUUUGUCAAAGAACAGAUUUUCCGGUACCAUUCCGGAGGAGAUUGGUUUUCUUGAUAAGCUUCUUGAUUUUCUGGGCGAUGAAAAUCAGUUUUCCGGGCCUUUACCUUCCACCAUGGUGAAUCUUGGACAGCUGGGAAGAUUGGAUCUUCACAACAAUGAACUAUCUGGUGAGCUUCCUCAUGGAAUUCAUUCUUGGAAGAAGUUGAAUGAGUUAAACUUAGCAAAUAAUGGUUUUUCUGGGAAUAUUCCUCAAGAAAUUGGUAGUUUGUCUGUUUUGAACUAUCUUGAUUUAUCAGGAAACCAGUUUUCAGGGAAAAUUCCUUCAGAAUUACAAAAUUUGAAGCUUAAUCAGUUUAACUUGUCUAACAAUCACCUCUCCGGUGAUAUUCCGUCUUUGUAUGCUAAGCCAAUGUAUAAGACUAGCUUUCUCGGGAAUUCUGGGUUGUGUGGAGAAAUCGAGGGGUUGUGUGAUGGGAGAGAUGAGAGGAAAAACACUGGUUAUGCUUGGCUAUUGAGAUCGAUCUUUGUGCUUGCUGGGCUGGUGCUUAUCGUGGGAGUUAUGUGGUUCUAUUGGAAGUAUAUGAAUUUCAAGAAGGCGAAACGGGCUAUAGAUAGAUCAAAAUGGUCCUUGAUGUCGUUUCAUAAAUUAGGUUUCGAUGAGUAUGAGAUAUUGGAUGGUCUUGAUGAAGAUAAUGUCAUUGGAAGCGGAUUGUCUGGAAAGGUUUACAAGGUUGUGCUGAGCAGUGGCGAGGUGGUUGCUGUGAAGAAGAUCGAGAAGAAUUUGAAGCUAGCUGAUGAGAGCAGUGACAUUGAGAAAGGCGGUUCUCAAGACGAUGGGUUUGAAGCAGAGAUCGAGACAUUGGGGAAGAUUAGGCAUAAGAACAUUGUUAAGCUAUUUUGUUCGUGUAUUACAAGAGAUUGCAAGCUUUUGGUUUACGAGUACAUGCCCAACGGGAGCUUGGGCGAUUUGCUACACAGCAGCAAAAGCGGCCUGCUGGAUUGGCCUAUGAGGUAUAAGAUCGCGAUGGAUGCUGCAGAGGGGCUCUCCUAUCUUCACCACGAUUGUGCUCCCCCAAUUGUCCACAGAGAUGUGAAGUCGAAUAAUAUACUGCUGGACGGGGAUUUUGGUGCUCGAGUUGCUGACUUUGGGAUAGCCAAGGUGGUCGAUGCAAACGAAAAAGGAACAAAAUCCAUGUCUCGCGUUGUAGGCUCGUGUGGGUAUAUUGCACCAGAGUAUGCCUACACACUUAGAGUGAACGAGAAGAGUGAUAUAUACAGUUUCGGGGUGGUGAUUCUGGAGUUAGCCACGGGGAGGCUCCCCGUUGAUCCAGAAUUCGGGGAAAAGGAUCUGGUGAAGUGGGUAUGCACGACGUUGGACCAGAAGGGCGUCGACCAUGUGAUUGAUCCGAAGCUCGAUACUUGUUUCAAGGAGGAAAUCUGCAAAGCCCUGAACAUAGCCCUCCUCUGCACCAGCCCUCUCCCCAUCAACCGACCCUCCAUGAGACGCGUGGUGAAGAUGCUGCAAGAAAUCGGGGCUGCAAACCAGCCCAAGUCGGGGUCCAAGGAUGGCAAACUCACGCCUUACUACUACGAGGAUGCCUCAGACACCGGAAGUGUAGCUUAGAGAGGUCGAAGCCCAUCAGCUUGUAUUCUCGUCAUGAACUCUUGUUCAUCUCACAGCGGGAAAGAUCAGAGAGCAGAAAAUUAAUCACUUCAGGAAUUGGAAGUGUGCUUGCUUGCUUGCAUAGUGUAAUCUGUAAAUUACUCAACCACAAAGCUCCCAAUAUUCCUGUUCCUAGUUUGAACAAGUUGUAUGCAUUUAAGGUUUUGUACUUGUGUUCUUCAAUGAAGGUGAAGCUAAAAGUAGUAUUAACAGUACACUCUGAUGUCCCCCAGCGUUGUUUGCCGUGGUGAAUAUCUUUUAUGUGUUGGAAUGAACAAAAAUGUCAGUUGGUUGGUA